UAUCACUUGUCAAAUCUCAACCCCCACUCCACCUUUCGUGGCCACAGAUUCACCCUCACGGCAGACAAAGCUGACACGUCCUUCCCUCCCCCUUAUUCUAUUCCUCAAUUCCUAUUUGCCAAAUACCCUUUUACGUGCCUACUCCGUAUCGGUUUCCCGGUCUGGGCAUUGUCGUCGUCGUUAUCAAAUCCAAAAUAGUACUCUCCACCCGGUCCCAAACUCUCGCUUAUUUUAGGCCAGCCAACAUUUGAAGUUGAGUUUUUCGGGAGAGAUUGCUGGUUCUUCGUGUCGGGAUUUAAAUGAUAUGCGAGGGAUUUGAUGCCGGAGAUAUGAGACUGCGGGUGGAGCCUGCAAUUGUGGAGGAGUAUGCGAACGCUCUGUGACGCUUGCGAAAGCGCGGCCGCCGUCCUCUUCUGCGCCGCCGACGAGGCCGCUCUCUGCCGCUCCUGCGACCACAAGGUGCACAUGUGUAAUAAGCUUGCUAGCCGGCAUGUGAGGGUUGGGCUUGCUGACCCCAGUGAUGUGCCUCGCUGUGACAUAUGUGAAAAUGCACCUGCUUUCUUUUAUUGUGAGAUAGAUGGAAGUUCCCUUUGUUUGCAAUGUGAUAUGAUUGUACAUGUUGGAGGUAAAAGAACCCAUAGAAGGUAUCUUGUAUUGAGGCAGAGGAUUCAGUUGCCUGGCGAUGAACCUGAUCAUACAGAAGAUCUGGCCUCACAACCCCCACAUCCAGCUGAGAACAGGACAGGACAGAAUCAGCCACCUAGAUUGACAAUGGGAGAAAACCCGCAGAAACGCAGGGUCUCUUCUGUUCCAAAAUCAGAUUCCAGUGCUGAUGGGCAUGCAAAGUUGGAGACCAAUAUGAUUGAUUUGAAUAUGAAGCCACAUCGGGUACAUGAACAGGCUUCUAAUAAUCAGCAGGAAUUAUGAUUCUGGGAAGCAUUGGUUCCAUCCAUUGGGGAUGUUUCGUGAAUUUGAGAAUUGCCCGUCUGAUGCCCGUUCGUGUGCCGUGUAUUUUCAAUAAGCAGCCAUUUUGAUUGAUGUCUGAGGCUUGGGAAUAUACUUCUUGCUAAGGAUCAAGCUGGGACAUUAUUUAACCAAGCCUAUGGGCAGUAAAUGUACAUCCAUGACUUGUAUUACAAAAUUUUGGUUGUUUCUUUUCUGUUAAGCAAACCAGAUAGCACGGUAGUGAAUUGUCCAAAAUUUUGGUAAAUGCCCCUAUAUUUGUGACAGGCUUUAGUUGUUCUGUUGACAUCUUUUGAGAUUAUAAAACUGGUUGAAAGGAAGCCUUAGCCUUUA